AAAACUAAGGAGGGGUCCCGCAAGCGUCCCCGUUGCAUAGAAACGCAAACUGGAUCCUGGAGAUUUUUCAAAGGUUCAGUGUUUACUUGCUUAGAUAAUUGAAGGAUUUCGUUUUGUCCCUUUCCUUUUAAUUAGGCAGAGUACACGCAGUUACUAUUCACUAUAACAGCACGCUACAGGAAAGGCUAAUUCUUUUAGCGGCUAUAAGUAUCUGUUGUCCCGUUUUCAAAAAUGAACCGUCACAGCACCGAUUGAUGAACAAACGCUAACAAACGACGAAAUUAUUGUUGUUUUCAGAUUCAAUUAAGGUCCAAUUCUUUGAUUUUAGUGUUUGAUCGAGCUGUUGAGUAAGAGAAUUCACAAAAAAGGCGAGCCACACGAUGCUAAUGUUAGCUAACCGGUGGCAAACUUGCUAACGCUCCUGCCGUCGGCAGCAAAACCCGCGGGGAGCGGGACUAGACCGUUCUCCGGUGCUUCUCCGAGAAAUUUCCAUGGAAACUGAGGAAAUGGCUGGCGAUGUUGACCAUACUUUUGAUUUAGAGAAAAAGAAAUACGACGCAGAGGAAAACGUGAAGAUAAUAUGUCUGGGAGACAGUGCAGUCGGUAAAUCCAAGUUGAUGGAAAGGUUUCUCAUGGACGAAUAUCGUCCUCAGCAGAUGUCAACAUAUGCAUUGACACUCUACAAGCACACUACUACUCUAGGGAAUAAGAAAGUACUGGUUGAUUUCUGGGAUACUGCUGGCCAGGAAAGGUUUCAGAGCAUGCAUCCUUCCUACUACCACAACGCACAUGCAUGCAUCAUGGUUUUCGAUGUUCAAAGGAAAAUCACCUAUAAGAAUUUAUCCAACUGGUUUAAGGAGUUAAGGGAGUACAGACCUGAGAUACCCUGCUGUGUGGUUGCCAACAAAAUUGAUGCUGACUUGAAAAUAACUCAAAGAAGCUUCAACUUUGCAAAGAAACACGGGCUGCCAUUCUACUUUGUCUCAGCAGCUGAUGGGACCAAUGUAGUUAAGAUGUUCAGAGAAAUGAUCAACAGAGCGUUGGAGUACAAACAAAACCCCAGCGACUUCAUGGAUGAAGUCAUGCAAGAGCUGGAGAAUUUUGACCUGGAGAAAAAAGAGGAGAACUCGGAUGAGGAUGGACUGAAAGCAGAGAAUUUAGAGUUGGUUUGAAUGUUUACACAAAAUAAUUUUUCAUUUUAUAAAAAAAAAUACAUUUUACAGAUUAAUUUCAGCAUCAUACAGCUCUGACAGAUAGUUAAAAAUGAUUUUUUUUCAAUGUUUGGAUUUGGAUUCUCCUGCAGUACAUUCUUGUAAGCAUGUUUUAUACACUUUAUUUAUCCAGUGACAGUAGGAGAGAAAAAACAGACUUUGUAAUAAUUAGUUUGUCUUGUUUAUCAGGUAAACUGUUGAUCUUUUUUUAUCUAUACUCUGGAACACAAGUCUGCUAUCUUAAGAGUGCAAUGUUUUCCCCAAUGUGGAAAAAAAACAACUUUGUCUUAUAAUGUGAAGAAUGAAAUGCUGAGACAUGACAUAACAUAACAUGUGAUUCCAACACAUUUCCUGCUGUUGCCAGUGAUUGUAUGUGUCGUGUGCAGUUUGAGCAGGGAGCUGCAUUGGUUAGCUGCUUUACUUGCAAUAAUUUUGUUAAUUCUUUUUUUUAGCACUAUUACAAAUUAAAGCCUGAUGUACAGAAUGCCCAGCAUUUAUGGUGACUCCUUCUAACUUUCUGUGCUUUAGCAAAGUCUGCUAACUGUAAACAUGAAAUAUUUGUUGAGAGUUCUCUAACAAAGUCACAGGUAAUUCAGUUGUUUAGUUGCUCACCCCUUCAGGAUUCCUGAAUCCUUACAAAAAAAACUAAAUGGAAAUGGAUUCCAUAAUUCUCUGUUAGCUGACUGUUAUACAGUUUUUCCUCCAAAUAAACAGUUAAAAACCGUCA